ACAGAAAAGCUUGUGAUUAAUGUAAGUUAGUAUUCUGAUUGUUGUCAUAUAAAGUGGGAUACGUAGAUUACGUAGUGAUCUACUUUUACUUUAAAAUAUAAAUCUAUCAAUUUCCAUUAAAAGUGGUUGCAAAUAUGGCUAAUAAUGCUGCAAGAUCGGCUUCGGUCGGGGGCCGUAGUGCAGUUUUUGAGGAUUUAACUAAUGUUGAAUUCGAAACUAGUGAAGAUGUUGAAGUAAUUGAUAAUUUCAAUAACAUGAAUUUGAAAGAACAGCUGGUCAGAGGAAUAUUUGCAUAUGGAUUCGAAAGGCCUUCAGCUAUUCAACAAAGAGCUAUAAAGCCAAUAAUGAGAGGAAGAGAUGUUAUUGCACAAGCACAAUCUGGUACUGGUAAAACUGCAACAUUCUCGAUUGCAAUUCUUCAACAAUUAGAUCUGACUCUAAGAGAAACACAAGUUUUGUGUUUAUCACCUACUCGUGAAUUGGCAGUACAGAUCCAAAAAGUUAUUCUAGCUUUAGGAGACUUCAUGAAUGUUCAAUGUCAUGCUUGCAUAGGAGGUACCAAUUUGGGAGAAGAUAUAAGAAAGUUGGAUUAUGGUACACAUGUUGUUAGCGGCACCCCAGGCAGAGUUUAUGAUAUGAUAAGAAGAAGGGCCUUACGUACCAGGAAAGUUACAAUGCUAGUUCUUGAUGAAGCCGAUGAAAUGUUGAACAAAGGUUUUAAAGAGCAAAUUUAUGAUGUUUAUAGAUAUUUGCCACCCUCAACCCAGGUUGUUCUGAUUUCAGCCACUUUACCACAUGAAAUCUUGGAAAUAACUUCCAAAUUUAUGACGGAUCCUAUAAGAAUUCUUGUUAAGCGUGAUGAGUUGACAUUGGAAGGAAUCAAACAAUUUUUCGUAGCUGUCGAGCGUGAAGAAUGGAAAUUUGACACACUAUGUGAUUUAUAUGAUACUUUAACCAUCACACAAGCUGUUAUAUUCUGCAACACCAAGCGUAAGGUAGAUUGGUUGACAGAAAAAAUGAGGGAAAACAACUUCACUGUCAGUUCUAUGCAUGGAGAUAUGCCCCAAAAAGAAAGAGAUGGAAUCAUGAAGGAAUUCAGGUCCGGACAAAGCAGAGUACUCAUCACAACAGAUGUUUUGGCUAGAGGUAUCGAUGUACAACAGGUCAGUUUGGUUAUCAACUACGACCUUCCCAACAACAGAGAAUUGUACAUUCAUCGUAUUGGUCGCUCUGGAAGAUUUGGUCGCAAGGGUGUCGCUAUAAACUUUGUCAAGUCUGAUGAUAUCAGGAUUCUCAGAGAUAUUGAACAAUAUUAUUCAACACAGAUUGAUGAAAUGCCAAUGAACGUAGCAGAUUUGAUUUAAUUUAUUAUUUUUUUUUUAUACUAUUUGGAUUGAUAAUGUAUAUGAAUUACUUUUUAUUUGAAUUAUGACUAAAUAUAAAAUUAUGACAAAA